AGUCACCCAACAUCAAAUCCAUUUCAUCUAUUCACAACACAGAGAAAGUAUAAAAAAGAUAUAUAACAUGGCCAGCCACGGUAAUGACAACCUUUUUAACAGUAGCCAAAAUCAGAUAAGAAGAGACGCACCUUCUGAUAUCCAUAACCAGAACCAAGGCUUCCUUCAAGAGACUGGGAAUCAAGUGAAGAACAUGGCACAAGGAGCAGCAGAUAUUGGAAAAGGAGCAGCUCAAGGUGCAGUAAGCGUAGCUCGUGGAGCUGCGUUGGGUGCUGCUAAUAUUGCUCAAGGUGCGGCUGAUGCAGUUAAGAAUACUGUUGGAGGAGCAAAUAAUGACAACGCAGCUACUGGUGGUAUCCCAAAUUACCUUGAUGAAUACCCAAAACACAACCCAACUAACACCAACAUUUAAGUCAUAAAUAGUUUCAUCUUUUUUUCUUUUACUAUUGUUGUAGCCUGUUAUGAGGUUUGUUGUUUAGCACACACCCUACCAUAGGCAUUGUCAUCUUUCUUUUUCUUUAUACAAGUUUAUUGAAGAAAAUGUUGUUCUUGUUAUUAAAUGGGACCUAACCAUCCGUGCUGUUUUAA